ACCACAAGUAGAUCGGUGGCUCGGGAGCAACACCUAGCCGCCUAGGAGUCCUCAACCUCCAAGAGUAACAAAUGAAGCAAUGAAUUCCCGGAGAUGAUGCAAGUGCUCACAAAUCUUCACGAAGUCAACAACAAGCACUCACACAAACUUGAAUCCACAAUUCUCACACACACCAAAUCCGAAUCGAACACGGGUGAGAUGGGAAACAAGAAAGCAAGGCUCAAAAGUGAAUCUCAACAAGAGCAAGCCAAGGGCACAAGAAUAUCCAAUGUGACCAGCAGCCCUCACAAGUGAGGGGAGGGGGCUAUUUAUAGCCACAGCCCAAAUUCUGCCCAUUAUGCACAAUAAUUGUGAUUUUCGGAUAUUCCGAAAGAUUUUCGGACAUGUCCGAAAAUUCCAGCUCAGCACCAACAACAAAGUCAACUGAAGAUUUUUCGGACAUUCCGAAAACUUUUCGGACAAGUCCGAAAAUUUCCAGAAGCAAAAACAUCGUUCUGGAUGUUUUCGGAAAAGUCCGAAAAUAGCUUUCGGACAAGUUCGAAAAUACACAGAAGCGAUUUUGACUUUGCUGAAGUUUUUUGGAAACUCCGAAAAUCAAUUUCGGAAAAGUCCGAAAAUAAACAGAACCAUAUUUGCCUUCGCAGUCAUUUUCGGAAAGUCCAAAAAUGUCUUUCAGACAUAUCCGAAAAUUUCCAGAAGCGAAAAUUGGUUCUGUGCAUUUUCGGAAAGUCCGAAAAUGACUUUCGGAAAACUCCGAAAAUUUCCAGAACACAUCAAACUGAGGAGAAACACUUUUAAAAAUUGAUUUUGAGCACUUUGAUCACUCCUCAUAUAUCAAUGCAUCAUCCCUCUUAAUAGUGUGGCAUUCCUAUUGACUCAAGAAAAAGAAAAGGUACAAAAUACCAUUUGCUCAUUUGCCGCAUCACAUCACAUCAACGUAUUUGGCGGGAUACGCAUUACGCUAACUCAUUGAGGACAUAACAACCUUCACAUUUGCUUAAAGAAAAAUGUUAGUCCUCUCUAAUCGCAUUGUAAUUAAUCACCAAAAUCAUUAGGGGCCUAGAUGCACUUUCACAUCUCUCCCUCAUCCCUUCAACCAAACAAAAAAAUUAGGAUCGUCCCAUCCUACAAACCAAGCAUGUGAGUGGGAUCAUUCCAACCCCAAAAUCAAGGAUGGUUUCAUCCCAUCCCACCUAGUCUCGAAACCAAACACAUGAUUAGGGCUUGUCUGCAGCUACCCAAGCCACAUUGAGUUCAGUGAUGUACCGACCAUUGUUCCUCAAGGCCAAGCAGACAAACACAAAGGCUUCCAGUGUGCCAUUGCUGUCUUCAUCCUUUAAGGAUAAAGGCCUUUUGCUGGGCUCAAUGAAUGCUGUAUGAGAAGAUGGUGGUGUCUUACCCAGCCUGCAUGUGAUCCUACACAAUGGAUUUGACCAUAUGUAGCCCUCUUCUCUCUUCUCUGCAACUAGCUUCUUUUUACCAGCAAUAAGGUUAAGCUUUCAGGAUAAUGAACUUGGCUCAAUGUUGUAAUUCUUUCGGCAACUUAGUUCUUGUACACUUCAUUCUACGAUUCAUGUCAUGAUUACUCCUCUCUGUUCUUUAAAUCGUGUUUAGCAGUUAAUUGAGGACUGAUUCACAUAUAGAUAUUUAUUUAAUCAUCAGAUAGUAGCUAUGUCCUUGUAUGCAUUUGCAGUUUGAGCAUCAGUUGCUUAACAUGGCAAAACGACCAGGAAAGUGUUCCCUGCUCCUAAUUCAUGUAUAAAAUCAUGCUUUUCAUUGAAUCCUUCGAAGGUAGAUGGUGUGGUGGCGGUGGUGGUAAUAGCAUAGUGUUCUGCUGAUCGGCUUAGUUGUAUUGUACAUAUAUUUCUACAGUUUAUUUAAAUUGACAUAUAUUCCUCCAGCUGAAAAACUCAGUUUCUGCUUUGCAUGAUGUAGUUUCAUUUGCUCCUAGAGUUGCUUCCAUUUGUGUUUGUUACUUGCAAAUUUGGUCAUAACCAUUUGCCUGAAUAAUUAGGCUCAUUAAAGCGAAAAAGGAACUUUUCAAAUAGUGAUGAUCACAAUAAGGCUGUAGUCUGAAUGGAGGAAUGUCAAACUCAAUCUCUUGAUUUGGUCCCAGUGUCCAUUUCUUAGUUUUGUUGAUAAUGUCAAGGAGUUGAUGGAGGGUUUAGCGGCAACAAAACUCGGAUAAGUUAUUCAUGGUAUAGAGCGGACCUCGUCAAUUUACGUUACCAGUAUUUGCAGUUUCCCAUAGAACAAUAUUGCUGUAUGAUAUUCAAGUUUGGAUUGCUAGUUUUGAGAUAAAUUUCAAUUGAGUAUGGCCAAUUGGCUACUCUCAUAUUUCCUUUGCUUGCUUUUCGUUUUUUAGAUUUGAUGGAUCCUCGAUGUGGCUGACAGCGCUGUAGCAUUUGCAUCAUAAUUGAUGAUUCUUGGUCCUGAGGACUCUGCUCCAUAGUAUUCAGUAAUUUUCUCGAGUCCUAGAACACGAUCUUCCAGCUGAGAUAGUUGUGAUACAGAAGUUGGCCCUAUCUUGAUGAUGGUAAUAUAUCCGAACAAAGAUUUCAUGAUUUAUCUCACUACUGGAAACCGGACUGAGAAGUUUCAAGGUUUUAUUUCAGCGUCUGUUUUUUAUGAAGUUCUUGAAAAUUAUGCGACAUGUGAGUUUAGUUGGUCACAGACUUAUGUCGCGCUCUUGUAUAGUUUUUAGAUAAAUAAUACCAUGUUUGGCAUUCUUACUUUUUCCUGGUGCCGUAUAUCCUUUUUUUUUUGAGAAUGUAUAUCCUAAAAGUGAUGCUUGAUGAAAAUGUUGAAUUACGGAUAGAUUAUUGGUCACCUACUAUACUCUCAUGUUCCUAUUGCUGACGGUAGAGAUGAAGGAAAUCGCAAUUGUGGAUUGCGGCCUUGUUAUGAAAGUUGUAGGCUCAGUGUUUUUGUGUUGAUAAAGAUUACAUAAGAUCUUAAGGAAUAAUCCAUCUACAUUUUCUGGAGACACUACUACAGAAACUCCGAUAGAUGCUAGCUGGGAACCUGACAUAGGUGUUGAAUUUUCUAACCAUCACCUUGCGGGUGGCACCAAAGUGAAGACUCAAGAUAUCGGUUCCUAAACUGGCACCUUUGAGGUUCUAUGAAUGAAAAUAAAACGUCUGGAUGCAUUGGAUCAAAUUGAGCCAAUGCUUCACGCUAAGAUCUAAAUCCCAAUUCAAUCAAAAUCAUGACAAAAUCAUAAAAAAUAAAUCCCAAUCCAACACAAAAAUUAAGUCCCAGUCCAAAUGAAAUCAUAAAAAAAAACAUAUAGGGAAGGAGAUGCAGAGGUGAGAGGAUGAUAGAGAUGAAGGAAAAUUUGUGUUAGACAAGAUACAACGGCAGUUACGGAGUACAUGUGUAGCUGACGUAAGGUAUCAUGUUUAUUUUACUCAUUGUAAAUCGUUUGGAACACACGGGCACAUUACUAACAAAGGUUAAUUCUGCCACAUAUCGUAUAAAACUAGUUAUCAUGUCAUAUGUUCAUACCCACGCAUGCUCUCAAAAAAAUGCUUUGAGUAGAUAAUAAAACUGAUAUUCAGUAUUAAACAGUUCAAAUUUCUAUUAUUUGCAUAACGUCUUAUGCUUAUGAAGUUAACACGAAUAGAUACCUUUAAAUUUAUGUGCUACGUAUAGCCUACAGAAUGAUAGUGUCUCAACUGCGCGCGGUGAGCAUUUUAUGUUCUCUUGUUUGAUCUUUCUAUUCAUUCAUUUAUGCGGAUCAAAUACUAAGAUUAUUCCAUUUCCAAUUUCAUCUGUUUCAUUAGAUAUCAAAUUAACUAAUUACCAUAUCCGUCCUAAAAUAUAAAUAUUUUUUCCCAUCCAGUUAUAAGGCAAAAUCCCUUAUAAAAUAAAAUUAAAUGAGGUGGUAGGUUUCAUGCAUGUAAUGGAGAUUACAUUGUCAGAAAUGGAGUUUAGUAUCUAGUAGAAACGUAGGUGGGCAGAUGGCAUAAGCUAUGAUUUAAUAUCUUCGUAAAAAGAGUAGGAAUUGAUAUUUUGUGUGUGGCAACAUAUUAUUCCGUCUAUAAUGUCAAUUAGUUCUAACUAUCUGGUAUUGGAAUGCUGUGGAAGUCUGCUUUACCAAAAUUAUUAAAGUUCAUUGCUUUGUGGAAAUUGCUCCAUGUAUAGUACCAUAUAAGAGUAGGUACAACAGUAGGCUAUAAACCAACUGCAAAUAUAUUUUAAGAAGAUAGAGAGAAGAGCAGUGGGCUACAGAUUUAUAGCCAGCUAUAGCACAGACUCCAAGACGCAUUGUGUGUAUGACAGGUGUGACCAUAUAUUAAUAGUAUAGAAUGUAACUAUUAUAUAAAUGAGCUAUUAGAUUAGCUAUAGAUGAAUUAGCGCUAGUAGUUGGCUGCUCUAAAGCUGUUGCUAAACAAGGCUACUCUACUAAUUUUUAUUCUCACACACAAAAGCCGAAGCGCAGAUACAUCAUCCUGUCUUCUACAAUUGGCCCCUUCAUUAUGAUUCAACCAGCAUAUCUCUUUAUCUUGGAAAUGGGUAAAGAAUAGUCCAACUGACCAACUGCUACUACUUCUUUACUUCCUCCCUCUUAUAUUUUAAAAUUUGGACAGUCUUCGAGAUGCUAAACCAAUAAUAUCUACAAAAGUAAAAUGUCUUAAAUAGAAAGAAAGAGUCGCAUACUAUGAUAGUUCAUUAAUUUAAUGAUAAAUAUAGUAACAUCAAAUGUAAAAAUUUACAUGAUUAAUCUUUUUUUAAUGUUUUGCUAUUAAUAGUCAAAAUUUUAAAAGUUUGACUUGUCACUGUUUAAAAAAUGCUUAUAUUUUGGGACGGAGGGAGUAUAUUAUACUACUACGUGCCUAUAACCUCCAGGGAUAAGCAAAGAAUCUGAAUUUUGCUUUAGAAAAAGGAAGGUAACAUAACCAAGCAAAUGCCUAAGGGAUCAAGUUCAUUUGGAGGCGCAUCAUAUUGUUAGCUCAGCGUUCUGCAUCAACUGUUAUCUCAAAAUUAUCCCUGCAUCCGUGCUGCUAAUACGAAGGAGUUGAACUGAACUGCUUGUCCUGGGUUAAUCUUGGUGUUGUUUCUGCUGUUAUCUGGUUUUGUAUAAAGACAAGGGACUGGAGGAAUCUUCGGCUACUAUAUAUCAUGGGUUAGACUUCUUGGCAUGAAUCGUCCCUGCUCUACGAUCUUCUCUGAAAGUAUACACCAUGGAACGUGAGAUCAUCAUGUUCGAUGGCGUUACGCGCACCGCGGAUCAGAUACUUGAGAAGUAUCUGAGUAACAGCGAUAGACCCUAUUAUCAGGGCGGGCAAAGCAUUUACUUUGAUGGCUGGAAAGGGUUUGGCACCUCCGCCAUCCUUGCGGACAUAGCAGAGUUAGCUAGACGUAAGAAAUCCAUGGACUAUGAAAUAGUCCUCCAUGUAGACUGCUCCGUGUGGGAAAGCAGGAGAACACUGCAGAGGAUGAUCGCAAAGGAGCUAAACCUCGGCGGUUCCACGAUGGCCCUGUUUGACAAGCAGGACGAGGAUGACGAUUUCAGUGGAAUAGAAAAGAGCUCCCGAGCUGAGAUAGAUGAGGUUGCAAAGCUCAUCUUUCAGGCAGUAAAGGACCGUAGCUGUUUGCUGAUUGUUCACAACGGAAGUGACGAUGAGAUUGAUUUUCUUAGGUUUGGUGUUCCUGUGCUUGAGCGGAGAAACACAGUGUUGUGGACAUUCAGGGGGAGGUUUCGGCUUGAACCUGCAAUCAAAGACAAAGUGAAAAAUGCUGAUCUUUUCCUUUCUAUAGAUCAAGAAGGUUGGUCCGACAGAAAUGAAUUACUGCACCGUGAGGCUGCACAAGUUAGCCGUAAGAUCAGCCCAGCUCGAAUUGCCGAAUGUUGGUUGUACCUGUCACUUAUGUAUUAUAACCACUCCAACUUCAUUUCCCAUGAUAUCGAUGCAGUGGGAUCAUAGAAGGAGACAGUGCAUGGGAGAUUGCCGACAGACUUUAUCACCGGAUGCGGCUGGAAUAUCUUCCUACAAGACACAACCAUGACUUUUGGUUCCCGCAGUAUUUUGGGAGCCAAAUACAAGCAAGGGAUUAUCGAUGGGUUUCAGUUAUGCCCAGGAAUUCAGAUGAGGUAAAACUUAUACAAACAUUUUCAGUUCCACUGGAAGUGACAUCCUAUUUUUUGACGUUCCAAAGAUCUGAUCCUCCAGUAGUACUGCCAAAUCACAUGUUUAGUCAAGGCAACGAACUUUGUGUGCUGAGACUCUCUUGGUGUACAUUUAGUUUUGCAUCCCCUCCUUUUACCUGCUGCAAGAACCUCAAAUUUAUUCUGAUAGAUGGCUGCUUAAACAAGGAUGCUGAUUUAACUGGUGAAUGGUAUCACGAGCAGAACGGAAAACAAUGGGAAUUUCUCCAAAGUUUAUGGGUGUUGGACAUACGUGAUACAAACUGGGACUGGAUCUUAUCCCCAUCAAAGGUGGUGCUGAUGGUUGAACUGCGGGAGCUGUAUCUCAAGGCUACAGGAAGAAGCUGGCAUGAUCAGAUCUUUCUUGAUAUGAGUUGUCUCUCUAAGCUUCAAAUGCUCAGAGUGAUUGAUUCCUCUACAUACAUGAAAGCGGCGGUACAUGACUCGUUCCAACACAUGAUGAACCUGGAGCUCCUUGACUUAUCAGGCAACACCACUCUACAUGUUUUGCCAAAUUUAUCAGGGGCAAGUAAACUAAAGGUGCUCAUCCUUGAUGGUUGUGUUGGCUUGGAAGUAGUGGAGCCCAAUACCCUUCCUAGGUCGUUGGAGUCAUUCAGUUUUGAUGGAUUUGGACCAGCAUCCAGGUCAGAAGAAGAAGAAGAAGAAGAAGAAGCGCGACCAAACACAUAUAUAAAUCAAGAGCAUACUUGUGUAAUUUCCAAUAUAUCUCUAGAGGGAUGUGAGCAACUGAAGAGUUUAUUCUUACGUGGAUUGCCAAACCUCAAGGAGCUGAACCUGUCGGGGACAAGAAUCCAAGCACUCGACCUCGAAGCUAUGCAGGUCCAACAACUUGAAAGGCUCUUUCUACUGGGCUGUGCGAACCUUACCAGAGUGAAAUGGAUUGAUCCAAGCAACCCACCACUGAAGUUGCUAUGCAUAGACACAAGAGGAAAAGCAGCAAGAGCAAUGGAUGGUGUCUGUCAGGGAUCUCAUCUCUUCACCCAACAAGAGCAUGAAGCCCAUCCGUCUACACAUGUUGUAGCUACAGAUGCUAGGUUCCUUCGUGGCUUCAGGGCUGGUGGAUAUGGAAAUACCAUUGCGUUCGGUAGAUAUGUUCCAUCUCAGCAUUUCCAUUUGCAUAUCUCUGAUACUGUCAAUGACAAACCAGUUCUUCCAAGAGCUAAGGAGAAAGAUGCCAGUUCUAGAGAUGGAUUAAUUCCUGGAUUCCCAUAUCUUGAUGUCAUUGACAAGGUUUUCAACAACGAUGGUGAAGAUGGAUGUUCAGUGCCAUAUUGCAAGCAUCCUGUGCCUCUCGAUUGCCAUAUAGAAAUUGCCGAAGGAGGAAGCAAUUUGGAAAUCGAACAGGACCUUUAUGGUAUGGGUUCCUUAAUCUAUAAUACUCAAUCCUUGCAUAUACAUGACAACUCGUCCAUCAGUAUUGGUAACCUUGGAGUCAAGGGGAACAAACAAUUCAAAAAUCUCAGAUGGUGUCAUGUCACAAGGUGCCUUAAGAUGCACACGGUCUUUUUCUGUGAUGAUGAUUGGAGGUAUGGUAACUUCUUCCCGAGCCUGGAGACACUCUGGGUAUCUCACCUUGUACAAGCCCGCUGCAUUUGGAGCACAGGAUUACGUUUUUGGAAACCAAUAGCAAGGACCACACCUGCAGCCUUAUCAAAGCUACGGUGCAUACACCUGCACUCCUGCCCCAGACUAAGACAUGUCCUCCCCUGGUCCUUACCCACAAUGGAGAGCUUGGAAACCAUCCACAUCACCUAUUGUGGUGAGCUCACACAGAUCUUCCCAAAGCCGGGUAGUUGCUGGACAGAACGUACUGAAUUCCCAAGCCUGAGACGAAUCCAUCUCCAAGAUCUCCCCAUGCUGCAGGACAUAUGUGAAAGAGCCAUGUCAGCACCCAUGCUGGAGACCAUCAAGCUCAGAGGCUGCUGGGGUAUCAAACGUCUGCCAGCCAUCCACGCCGGCCGUCCACGCGAUAAGCCUCCGGCGGUGGUCGACUGCGAGAAGGACGUAUGGGACAAGCUGGAGUGGAACGGCGACGGCAUGGAAGCGAGCCGCAGUCUCUUCAGCCCACGGCACUCACGCUACUACAAGAAGGACCUGCCCCGGGGAUCAGUCCUCAGGUGAUUUUCCACCAAUGUUGAAGCCUACCUAGCGUUGCUGAGGAGAAGUGGUGAUCACUAUCCAUGUUUGCAGAGAUGUGUUUGGUGCCAUUAACUACCUUUCUGUCGCAUUUGUGUGUGGUUUGCAUGUUUUUCGUCAGACAAAAUAAAGACAUCGGACACAAGUAUUGCUUGCGUGUCCACGGUAGUGCACCUUGAUUGCACGACCUUGUGCCGCUUCAUUUCGUGCAUUGAUGUGGCUUCGUGAUCAGUUUGUCAGCUUUUAUGAUAUGGUAUUGGUUCGCGUUUGGUGUGUAUUUGGAAUAAGAAAGGUCAGCCUGUGUGCAAUGGGAUGAUGACCUGGUUUGUGUAUGAUUUGCAAAGAACAUAAGCGUGUACUGUUGUGAUCGUUUGGUGUGUAUUUGAAAUAAGAAAGGUCAGCCUGUGUGCAAGGGAAUGACCUGGUUUGUGUGUGAUUUGCAAAGAACAAUUGCUUGUACUGUUGUGAUUGAAUUAAUUGAAUCGAACUCCUAUGAGUCA